UAUGCUGAGCACUGGAUGGAAGGAAGAUCGGCAGAUACAGACUUGUCUUCUUCUCUCUCGGGUGAUUUGGAAGUGCAUCCAUACGAUCUCAUCCCUUCUGCAUUGGCCUGUCCCCUUCUGCCUGAUCGAUCUGGUUUUCAGCUCGUUCAAGGAUCUCCCCGGAUUGUUUGUCCAGGUUCUCAUGACUUGAUUGAGCUAGAGCUGGGACCAGAAAUCAUCCCAUUGAUCAGCCGGCUGUGGUCUGUGGGUAUCAUCGACAUUAGUUCAACCUGAGCGUGCGACGUGCGGCGUGUGGCGUGCGGUGCACGGUCUCGAACUACUCAGAUGAUGUGGCCCGUGGGUUUGAGAAGCGGUUCAAAGCGGUGGUGGGGUUGGUCGAUGGCCCUAAUCUGGGGAUGGUGGUGUUUGAGUGGAUGGACGUUGGCCGUGGAGUUGACCUUUGAACUACCGGAUAAUGCCAAAGAGUGCUUCUAUGAGGUCAUUGAAAAGGGCACUGAAUCCACUUUGGAAUUUCAGGUGGUCACGGGGGGUCAAUACGAUGUGGACGUGGUGCUCACUGAUCCCCGUCAAGCCGUGUUGUACAAACAAGUCAAGAAGCAGUACGAUUCGCACACCUUCACCGCCGACAUCACGGGCGAGUAUCAGGCCUGCUUCUCCAACGAGUUCUCCACCUUCUCGCACAAGCUGGUUUACAUCGACUUUCAAGUAGGCGAUGAGGCUCCCCUCCCGGGCAUGGGUGACCACCUCACUGCCAUGACCCAGUUGCACAUCUCGAUGGAAACCUCAUCGCAAGAAGUUCACGAGAAUCUAAACGCCAUCAUUGACUAUCAAACGCACCACAGGCUACGAGAAACACAGGGCCGUAAGAGUGGCGAGUACCUCAAUGAGAGGGUGAUGAUUUGGUCGAUAUUUGUCACGGGGGCCAUCCUCAUCGUGGGCUUCGGACAGGUGCUUGUCCUCAAGUCAUUCUUCUCCGAGAGGAAGCCGGUACAGCUUUACGGCUACAACUAAAUUCGGGAGAAAGGAAGUCACCGAUAUUUAAUGCGAAAGAAAUCUCUCUGGAAACGUCAACCAAAAACCCGAUAGCUUUGGAUUCUAACCAAGCCUCGUCAACGCCAGUGUGAAUGUUUCUCUUGCAAUUGAACGCUUGAGUAUCUCUCCGUUUUUAAGAGCCCCAGGCCUACCGAUAUGUGUUAUUAUUCUAUGAUUGUUAGACUUUCAAUCCAAUCAUUCCAGAACGUGUGCAAUGUCGAAGCCGAGUGAGCAUAAGAUUCAGCGAAUGAUCCCUCAAAAUAAAUAAAUAAAUAGUCUUGAGCGCUUUUUGGUGAAA